GAGGGAGGGGGGGGGUCUUCCAGACUGGAUGGGCCCAGCUAUGCCUUGAUGGAGUAUGGGCCAGGUUUUAGGAUUCUCCCACUGCCAGGAAUAUGGCUCUGUGGCGUCCACUCCAGACUCGACGCCUCCGUGCACCGAUGGCGGAAACGAGGAGUCGGAGAUGUACGAGCUGCAAACAGCCAGGGAGUGGUCUGAAGACGAGGAUGAUGAAGACGGAGGUCCAGAUGAUGACGAUGGACUGGCUUCAUCCCCGUCCAUCUGGGGCACGCCGCGUCAGACCUCCAACGAGCUGACUUUCUCUUACAUCGCCAUCGCAGAGGCAGAGUCGGUGGGAGCCUCUCGUCACCACCGCGACCGGCGCAGGGCCGGCCCACGGGGAAGCCGCAUCACUCUGAUCCGCACGGACACCUUGGAAACACUGUUGGACUCCCCCGAUGUAGACUGGGACCCUCAAGUCUUCCUCAACCAAGAGGAGGAAGAGGAAGUGUCAGAAAGCAGAGAGGAGAUGAGGAUGGCGAGCGCAGCUGGACGGAUGGAAAGGGAGCAGGACAGACAACCUGAGACUAUUACAAUUCAGCCCUCGCCCCAAAAUCUGGACACGGAGGCUCAGGGGAGAGACACAGGAAUCCAAAGAGAGGAGGGCGACAGCAGGACGACCCAGAUCGUCCAGCCCCCUUCUCCGGCCUUGUCUUCUCAGCAGCAGAGAUCCACACAGCUACUGGACGCAGCGGCAGCCUCCCUGACCCCUGAGCCCGAGUCCCCCGUCAUCAGAGAGACCAUCUCAGUCAAGCUGCUCACAUCUGGACAACCCAGAGGCCCGGCGCCCUCGCCUCCUGGUACCGACAGUCUAAACUCUCAGGAACAGCUGGUCAGCGAUCACUGGUUUUCAGCACUUAAGCUAUCAGAGGACCUGACAGUGUGCAUCCAUAUAGCAGUGAUGGACCUGAUCUACUGGAAGGACACAGAGCGAACAGGCAUGGUGUUGACAGGGCUGGUGGUGGGCCUGCUGACCCUGUUCCAGCUCAGCAUCAUCACCGUAUUCUCCACAGCCUCCCUGGCUGUCGUGUGCGUCACCAUCUCAAUGCGCAUCUACUACCACGUCCUCCACGCCCUCAAGUGGGGCGAUGGCGUCCACCCCUUCAAGUCGUACCUGGACCUGGACAUCAGUUUCAGUGGAGAACAGGCUGAACUCUAUAUGCAGAAAGCCAUUGUCAUGACGCUGUCGGCUGUUGAUACUCUGAAGAGACUUGUUUUCGUGGGAAACCUUUUUGACUCCCUCAAGUUCCUGGUCCUGAUGUACCUUGUGACGUUCCUGGGAGCCCUGUGCAAUGGCCUUACCGUGUUCAUCAUCUGUGUGAUUGCUCUCUUUUCCCUGCCACUUUUCUACAGACAACGCCAGGAGCAAGUGGACAAGUUCUUUGCAAAUAUCCAGGCCAAAGUGGACAACAUCAAGGACAUCUUUGUAAGAAUUGCCCAAGGCGGUGGCCCUCCUCCCGACCCAGCUCCUGGUGGCACCAAACCCAAUUCCCAGUAAACACUCAUGAACAAGAACUUUCAGACAAGCUCCCAGAGUUACAGGCUGUCACUCAGAUGUCUUACCCAGCAGUCUGUGCUCAGAGAACAGAGCUCCAGAGACUGGGGGAAGGGAUGUUACUUAAAAGGACGAUGACGAUGAGCAUGGUACUUUAUACUCUAACUGUAUUUAAGUUAUGGGGUCGUAGGUUGGGGUAGGGUUAAAAUGAAUCAAGGUGAAAUCAAGGUGAAUGAAUUCUGGAUGAGACUGUUGCUGCUGAGGUCAGAGACGACACAGCUCGUCCCGUGUGACCAUCUUUGGAAACACUCGUUUUUAAAAUGUAAAAAAUGACUAAUAAGUGUCUUAGAUUGAGCUUUAGUCCAAAUGAGGUACUAAGACCAGAAACAGGGAGUUCCCACACUGACACCUGAGAAAAGGGACGUCAGUUUUCAAGGGUUGAGAUAAAAUAACAGGUCAUUAUUAUUCAUGGCAGCAUAGAACUGGCAAAUAAGAAUGCAUGUGUCGGCACAUGUACUUUUGUAGAUGCAUAUUCAUUCUCAUGACAGUUUAUCUGUGUGUAUGCAAGUAUGAAUGUGUUUGUGUGCGUGGAAUUCCUGAAAUACCGCUUGCUGAAAUAUUACCUACGAGCAAUUAAAGUCGCAUUUCUUCUUUA